CCCGACUUAUGGUCUCGUCCUUCACCUUCAAUGUCACGCUUGUACAGACGGGAACAUUGAACGUGUGUGUAUACACAUGAACCAUGUUUAAUUUUAGGUGUGUGUUUAAUUCAGCGAGCACUUUAUGCCGACAGUUAAUCACCCCGCUGAAUGUCAACGGGACCGCCUCACAGUGUGGAGUCAGAAGGCUGCCGCAGCAGAGGCCGUUGUUCCUCAGCGCUGUGAGACACCAGGAGGUGGAAGCUAGCACGGGGAAAGACUUCAGCCAUUUCCCCCCUAUGCCUGGUCAAGACAGUCCACUGAGAUGGGCUGGGAAGAAGUUUGAAGAGUUACCAAUUAUUCACAUAAAAGCAACAUACAACAACACACACAUCCAGCUUACAGACAGCACAGGACAGUCUUUGGUCCGGACGUCCUGUGGCACAGAAGGCUUCAAGAACAGCAAGAAGUCGACGCCCAUUGCCGCGCAGACCGCAGGCAUCUCUGCUGCAGCGAAAGCCACAGUAAAAGGAGUUACGUUUGUUCGUGUUGUGGUCAAAGGUCUUGGUCCUGGACGUCUGUCUGCAAUCAAAGGCCUGACGAUGGGAGGCCUGCAGGUGAUAUCGAUCACGGACAACACGCCUGUGCCACACAACGGAUGCCGCCCACGUAAAGCCAGAAGGAUCUGAUGCCGCCCCGAUGCCGCAGAGCUUUGUAUGGAAGCUGUUAACUUGGACUACGCUAAUAAAGUGUUUUGUUAUGUAACUCUGCUGCCUCUGAGCUCACUGUGCAUAUUGUGUUUGAGGGGAAACAGCAGAUGUUAAUAAGCAGUUGCCGUUCCUGUUGACUUGUGCACAAACAUUCAGUCUCUGCAGAUUCACUUGCUUUAGUUUUCACACUGUGGAAAAGAAGCAAUGUGCUUUCCCAUCUCUUAUUUUCAAGCCAAGUAGUGUUGUAAAUAUUGCAUUUGCAGAAUUGUUCAGUAAUAUGAUUUCUUUUUCUACGUUUCUUUUGGUAUAACCAUUGAAGUUCACCUAGUUUGGGUGGGACAUGUCAGCACAGAAUUGUAUCAAACAUUCACCAGCUCAAAGAAAAGUAACUCCUGUCUUUUCUUCUAUCCUCAUUCAAAGGUCCUUGCAUCCGUCAACACAUCAGAACCAAACAGUUUAGUCCUGCUGGUCAAUGUGAAUGAGUUCAGCUGGUUCAGAACAACAAAUAAAGGGGUAGCUUUUUGAUUUUACUUCAAAUAAAAUACAAGCAUACUGAA